UUGGAAUGGAAAAUAAUUUAUGUGGGUUCAGCUGAAAGUGAAGAGUAUGACCAGGUGUUAGACUCUGUUUUAGUAGGACCUGUUCCUGCAGGCAGACACAUGUUUGUAUUUCAGGCUGAUGCACCUAACCCAGGACUUAUUCCAGAUGCAGAUGCAGUAGGUGUAACAGUUGUGCUAAUUACAUGCACCUAUCGAGGUCAAGAAUUUAUUAGAGUCGGCUACUAUGUAAACAAUGAAUAUACCGAAACAGAACUGAGAGAGAACCCACCAGUAAAGCCAGAUUUUUCUAAGCUUCAAAGGAAUAUUUUGGCAUCUAAUCCCAGAGUCACGAGAUUCCACAUUAAUUGGGAGGACAACACUGAAAAACUGGAAGAUGCAGAGAGCAGUAACCCAAAUCUACAGUCAUUGCUUUCUACAGAUGCAUUACCUUCAGCAUCAAAGGGAUGGUCAACAUCAGAAAAUUCAUUAAAUGUUAUGUUAGAAUCUCAUAUGGACUGCAUGUGACUAGCCACCAUCAUUUUGGUACUGUACAUGUGUUAAACUGUAAAAACAACCAGAACUAUUUCCCUCAAAUUCCAUUAAGUAUAUAGUUGACAAGCAAUGUGAAGAACUUGUUUUAAAACAUCCUGUAGAAAGUUUAUAAAAAAAAAAAAAACAGUAUUUGAGCAAAUUGUGGAAUAUAAAUACAACUAUUUUUACGUAA